UAGGCUGUCCAUAUUUAAUUGUUUUACAUUUAUGCUACAUAUAGCCUACCUAGCAUGUUGUUUUUGAGGCAUUUUAUUAUGUGUUCACAAAAACAAAUCAACCUUUGAAAUACUGUUAUUCCUCAACCUCGUACAUCUAAAACUGUCAAUCAUCAUCAUCAACAUCAUGCAAUGAAUCGCUGGAGCAACGCCUGGCGUGACAGGAAAGUACCACGGUUUCCUGCGGUUGGGUCGGUAGGCAACUAUUGGGUGAUCAGUAGGCUAUUCUAGUAGACGUUACUAUAAAGACAGACGUUGGAGCUCUCGACCAGUCAACGGUGUUACCAUCAGAAAGGUGUAAUCAAUUGGAUAUAAGGAUUAUUAUAAAGUAGUUGUGACGGUGAACGAACUGAAAAUGGGGAGAAAGAGGACAAGGCAUAUCAUAAUUCUCAGAGGACUCCCCGGAUCAGGGAAGUCAACUCGGGCAAGAUGUUGAGUGUGAGUGUGUGUGUUCUGUCUGAGUAGAUGUUGAGUGUGAGUGUGUGUGUUCUGUCUGAGUAGAUGUUGAGUGUGAGUGUGUGUGUCUACAGGGAUAUCUUGAAGGAGUAUGGGUCUGGAGAAGCCUUCAGCACAGACGACUACUUCAGGGAGAACGGGAAGAUGGUUGGGUUCCACAAGAAAUACCUGCAAGAAGCUCAUGAAUGGAACCGUAACAGAGUUCUUCAAGCCAUCAGAGGAAAAGUCCAUCCGAUCGUGAUUGACAACAUCAAUCUGCAGAAAUGGGAGAUGUGGCCUUAUGUCCGAAUGGCGUUUCGCCGUGGCUACUGGAUCGAGUUUGAGGACCUCCCUGCCAUUCCGUUAGAGAUUCUCGACAGACGGUGUCCUCAGAUCCCCAUGGAGGUGUUAGAGAGGAUGAACGAAGGUUAUGAGCCCGUAAAGAAAAUAUGGGACGUCAUCUAUGACUACAAGUCUAAAGAGAGGUGGAUGCCAAACCCAGAGAGACUGCAGAACCACUGGUGAUCAGGAGACCAAUACAAUGUUGUUGUUUUUUUUUGUGUGUGUGUGUGUGUGUGUGUGUGUGUGUGUGUGUGUGUGUGUGUUUAUGUGUGUGUGUGUGUGUGUGUGUUUAUGUGUGUGUGUGUGUGUGUGUGUGUGUGUGUGUGUGUGUGUGUGUGUGUGUGUGUGUGUGGAUUCGUUAGUGCUUCUAUCCUUGUGGGGACCUAAAAUCCCUGAAUGUCCCCACAAGGAUAGUAACACAAGGAAAACUACAUUUCCCACAUCCCCAUGAGGACAAUGGCUAUUUUAAGCAUAGAGGUUAGGUUAAGGGUUAGAAUUAGGGUAAUGGUAAGGGGUUAGUGGUUAGGUUUAAGGCUAGGGUUAGGUUUAGGGUUUGGUAUGGGUUAAGGUUAAGGUUAGGGUUAAGGUAAAGGUUUAGGGUAAGGGGUUAGGGAAAAUAGGAUUUUGAAUGGAAAUAAAUUUUAGGUCCCCACGAGGAUAGAAGAACAUAACAUGUGUGCGUUUGUUACUAUCCUUGUGGGUACUGCAAUCCCCCAAAGUCCCCACAAGGAUAGUAAAACAAGGAACAUUCUCCCACAUGGGCACAUUUCCCACGUGCCCACAAGGACAUUGGCUGUUUUAGGGUAAGGAGGUAGGUUUAGGGUGAGGGAUGUGUGUGUGUGUGUGUGUGUGUGUGUGUGUGUGUGUGUGUGUGUGUGUGUGUGUGUGUGUGUGUGUGUGUGUGUGUGUGUGUGUGUGUGUGUGUGUGUGUGUGUGUGUGUGUGUGUGUGUGUGUGUGUGUGUGGUGACUAUACCUGUGAUGAGAUGAUACAACUCAGGACCUCACACCCUAGUUCCCUUAUAGUACCCUGGUACUUUGGUAAUGUCACCUAAAUGGUGCUGUCUGAAUUGUCACCGAGGUGUUUCUCCAGGUUGUAUAGAAUAUAUUCCUCAUGUCAGAACAUGAAGGACCCUGAGAUGGGAAGUUUCGUUCACAUUUUCCUUUAAGGGCUCGAUUCAAUCCGUAUCGCAGAAGUCCAGUGCUAUAGACACAUGAAGCUUUUUUUGCCAGUCUCCUCGAACAUGGGGACAUUGCCUUUAAAUUUCAAUUGCGCUAUAGCUCUGACCUUUCAUGAUAUGUAUUGAAUCCAUGUCUACGUUUACAGAAAAACAGAAAUCAUCCCUGUAUGAUGCAAAAUGCAGCAUCAUAUAAUGUAAAAUGCCUCAUACGGGGAUGAUUAUUCUAUUUUGAAAGUUAAAUAUCUUGAAAACUUGAUUGCUGACUUGCAAAACAUUUUGGGACUAUGUCAACAAUUUACUAAUGAAACAAAUACCAAAAUAAAACACUUGGGUAGAGUUUUCCUUUAACUGUUAACACUCAGAUGGUUCUUAACUGUUAACACACUGAUGGUUCUUAACAGUUAACACUCAGAUGGUUCUUAACUGUUAACACACAGAUGGUUCUUAACUGUUAACACACUGAUGGUUCUUAACUGUUAACACACAGAUGGUUCUUAACAGUUAACACACAGAUGGUUCUUAACAGUUAACACUCAGAUGUUUCUUAACUGUUAACACACUGAUGGUUCUUAACAGUUAACACUCAGAUGGUUCUUAACUGUUAACACUCAGAUGGUUCUUAACUGUUAACACACAGAUGGUUCUUAACUGUUAACACUCAGAUGGUUCUUAACUGUUAACACACUGAUGGUUCUUAACAGUUAACACUCAGAUGGUUCUUAACUGUUAACACACUGAUGGUUCUUAACUGUUAACACACUGAUGGUUCUUAACUGUUAACACACAGAUGGUUCUUAACUGUUAACACACAGAUGGUUCUUAACUGUUAACACUCAGAUGGUUCUUAACAGUUAACACUCAGAUGGUUCUUAACUGUUAACACUCAGAUGGUUCUUAACUGUUAACACACUGAUGGUUCUUAACUGUUAAUACACUGAUGGUUCUUAACUGUUAACACUUUCUGUUUUUGUGGUUAAGCGAGAAAUGCUUCUGUUGUAGGAAAUGUUUCCUUUCCAUAUUGGAUUGCAGUGCCAAGCUUUUUUAAAACAAAAGUUUAGUUUUCUUUGGAAUAUUUCAGACACAUAAUAUACAAAUACACACCUCUUUUCUGCUCCCUUCUAUCCAUGUUUACAUCACAUAAAUAUUUGUAUGGAAUCUGUCUUGAGAAUAUUGCUUUACAAGUAAGGUAGUAUAGAGUUAGUAGCUGUUUUACAUGUGCUUUUCUACCCGUUGCUUUGUGCAGAUGUUGUUGAAUUAAAUGAAAACCCUUGUAAAAAAA